AGAGAUACCAAUUAUAAAUUUAUUAAGGAUCAAAUGGAAAAGACUGCUAUUGCAAUUUUGAUCAUUGGAGCUGCUCUCCUUGCCUACCAGCCGACUAUUGAUUAUCUCUCCAAAAAAUACCCAGAAACUUUAGGUAACUGUAGAUGUGAUUCGAUAAGAGAAAUGGUUGCAUGGGCUGAGAACAACAAACCCUGCAGAUAUUUCGACUCUGAAGGUAUUCCUACUAUUGGUAUUGGAUUCAACUUACAGAGAGGAGAUGCCAGAAGACUCAUCACUAACGUUGGCGCCAACUUUGACAGAGUUCUCUCAGGAGCUGACUGCUUGACUCAGGUCCAAAUUAAUAAUCUCUUCGAGCAAGACUUAGUGUGGGCUAGAAGAGGAGCCCAGAACUGUAUCAGCGGAUUUGCUGGUCUCCAUAAUUGCAUCCAGAAUGUUGUUAUCGAUAUGACAUUCAACAUGGGAGAGAGAGCUCUCUGCGGAUGGCCCAUCUUCGCUGGUCAACUCAGUAGAAGAGAGAACGUAGCCGCUGCUGCAAACAUGCAAGGUACCAGAUGGUGUGGACAAGUCGGCAGAAGAUGCACAAGAAACACUGACCUUGUCAGGAACUGCUAAUUUUUUUGAUGAGUACUUCAGUCCUA